AUGGGCGGUGCGGAAGAUAUGUAUGGCCCAACUCAGAUUUUUCCUCUUAAGUCUUUCCCUGAUGUUUCGUUAUCAACAUCCAGCAACAGAGCCAACUUUGGGUCCUGUUCUAACGAAAAUCAUCAUGAUGAAUCGGAUAUAGUGCGGUGCAAUAUUAGAACUCUAUCUAAUUCUGGCAAUGCUUGUGAUGAAAAAUUGUGUGAUGCUAUCUCUAAGCUUGGAGUGGUACCCGGUCAUAAUAGAAGGGAAAUCCAGAAGAAAUUUUCAGAAACGCAAACAAUGGAUGCAAUUGGAAUGGAAGGGAAGAAGCGUCAAUUAUGGUCUCGCCUAUUGGAGUUGAAAAAUAGAUACCAAGAUGGAGAGUGGAUAAUAGGAGGGGAUUUUAAUGCGGUGAAGAAGCGGAGUGAGAGAAUUGGCCAAUCUUUAAGAAUUAGUAAUGUGGAAUGGAGAGAAUUUUCGGAUUUCAUUGAUGAUUGUGGUUUAGUUGAUGGUCCGUGUAAAGGAAAGAAGUUUGUUGGUUUAGUGGGGAUGGAAAAUCAAAGAAGGUUCUUUUGUUUUAUGGAGGAGGAGUGGAAGGGGAUAAUAGUGCAAGGGAGAGGGGAUUUUGUUUUGAAAGAGAAGUUUCGUUUAAUUAAAGAGAGGUUGAAGUGGUGGGAUAAAAAUGUCUUUGGUAAGGUUGAUUUGGAAGUUGAGGAGGGUGUUAGAGAUUUGAAUGCUUUGGAUGAUAUGGAGUUUUGGGAGGAGGAGGUGAAGGAAGCGGUGAGAAUCCAUUUUGAAGACAAAUUCAAGGAGGAGUGUCUUGAAAGACCUUUAUUGGUUGGAAUUGCUUUUAAAUCCUUGAGUGAGGUAGAUAGUUUAUCUCUUGAGGUUCCCUUUUCGCUUGAGGAGAUUAAAGAUGCUAUGUGGAGUUGUGAUGGUUCUAAAAGUAUGGGUCCGGAUGGUCUUGAUGGUUAUCGUCCAAUAUGUCUUGUGGGAAGUAUUUACAAGAUGAUUUCGAAACUCUUGGCUUGUAGGAUCAAAAAGGUUCUCUCUUUGAUCAUAUCCAAUUGUCAAAGUGCUUUCGUUCUGGGAAGACAAAUGAUUGACGGGGUGCUUAUUGCUAAUGAAGUGGUGGACUAUCCUAGUAGGGAAGGAAAGGAGUGCCUUCUUUUUAAGGUAGAUUUUGAAAAAGCUUAUGACAAAGUGAGUUGGAACUUUCUUAGGUAUAUGUUGAGGAGGAUGGGGUUCGGGAAAGUGUGGAUGUCUUGGAUGGAGGCGAUGGUUUUUUCGAGUAAAAUGUCGGUUCUAGUUAACGGUAGUCCGACUAAGAAAUUCAUUGUGGAGAGGGGUCUUCGUCAAGGAGAUCCUAUCUCUCCUUUUCUCUUUGUAGUGGUAGCAGAAGGUUUAAAGGCUUUGGUAGGAAGAACGGUGGAAAAUGGAGAUUUUGUAGGAAUUAAUAUGAAUGGUAGAUGCUUCAUAGAUAUGCUUCAAUUUACAAACGACACUUUAUUAAUAGGUGAUGGGAGUUGGAAGCAUCUUUGGGCCAUUAAAGCAGCGUUGAGGGGCUUUGAAAUGGUGUCGGGUUUGGGUAUUAACUAUCAUAAGAGUAAGUUGAUUGGCAUUAUUAUCAAUCCGCACUUUAUGGGAGUUGCUACUAAUUUUCUUACUUGUAGGACGGAGGAUAAGGAGUUCAAAUUUCUCGUUAUUUUUAUUGGCACAAAUCCUACUAGAAUUUCUUCAUGGAAGCCUCUCUUGGAUAAUGUUAGGAGGAGAUUGAAUUCUUGGAAAGGUCGGUGGCUUAAUUUUGGAGGGAGGAUCACUCUUCUAAAAUCGGUUUUGAGUAGUUUGGCGAUUUUCACACUAUCGUUCUACAAAGCUCCCAAGAAGGUUAUCGCAGAACUAAAUAAAUUGAAAAGUAAUUUUUUACGGGGAGGAUCGGAGGAGAAGAGGAAAGUGCAUUGGGUGAGUUGGAACGACUUGUGUAUUCCGGUUGAGAAAGGUGGUCUCGGUUUUAGAAGGUUGGAUGAGUUCAACAAAGCGCUUCUCUUGAAGUGGAAUUGGAGAAUUUUUGGCGCUUCUAAUGCGUUGUGGUUUAGGAUGUUGAAGGCGCGGUAUACGGAUGUGAAACUUAGGACAAGUUGUGGUAUAAAGAAUUUAGAGAAGGAUAGGUCUUCCUCGGUGUGGUGUAUAUCCUUCUGGCAUGCUCAUUGGUUGGAUGAAGGAAUCUUAAAGAAUAUUUUUUUGAAUCUUUAUAAUUUUUCUCUCUUGCAAGAAGCUUCAAUUGGAGCCAUGGGAGGUUGGAUUGAUGGGCAGCAUAUCCCUCUUGGCCCGGAAAAUCGCUUUGAUAUGGCUUUUAUGGCUAUAUGGAAGGUGGAAGCACAUUUAAAAGUGAAGGCGUUUGGUUGGAGAUGCUUCCUCAAUAAAGUUCCGACGAAGGACUCGCUUUUGAGUAAAGGUAUUCUUAAUUCUUCCUCGAAUUUAGAAUGUACUUUCUAUGAUGAAUUUCAUGAGUCAUUAUACCAUUCUUUUUUAUCUUGUUGGAAUGCCGGUAUUGUUUGGAGAGAGAUGUCCGAUUGGAUAGGAAAGACUUUUAGAAGCAUUUUAGAUUUUAAGGAGGAUUUUUGGUAUUGGAGCUCUUAUUGCCGAGCCAAGAAAGUCAAAAGAGGAAAGGAGGGAACCGUUUGGUUAGCGAUCAUUUGGAGUCUUUGGUCGCGUAGGAAUGAUAUAGUCUUUAACAAUGCUACUUGGAAUUCGAGGGACGUGGUUUGGAGUUAUAAGGCUCUUAUUUGGAGGCGGUCGUAUAUCGGGAAAAUUACUCAUCCCAAUUGUAACUUCUAUGAGUUUAGCAAUAACCCAUUAUUUUACUUAAGCUAG